UCUGUAUCCGUAUCACUUUUUAUAAUGUCUUCCAGGAAGUAGACAUUUUUUCUUGAAGUUUAAAUGUCAAGUGUAAUGCCAGCGACUCAAGUCUGAGGGACACACGCGUUGACGGCGACCCGUCGUCGCUCUUGCUGGCCGCCAUGUCGGACUCUUUGGACCGGUCCGCGAGGAUCAACCUGUUGAAGGAGCCGGUGGUGAAGAAGCUCUGCGAGGUGUUGGACAAAUCCAGCAAUAAAGGAUGGCGAAAACUUGGAGAGAUAGUCGGCAACGACAGGCGGUUUAAAGUCAGCUCCGACGACAUGGAGAUGUGCUCCCUGAAGGUGCUGGAGCUCGAGGGAAGCCCGAGCCGCACGCUGCUGAGGCUGAUGGGAGAUCGAGGCUGCACAACGGGUCACCUGGUGGACUACCUUCAAACGCUGGGCAACUCCGAGGUCCUGCAGGGCCUGAAGCCAUCAGCCCUGCAGAUCCUCAUUCAACCUCAGUCGGUGGCUCUUAUAUCUGGACACAAUCUUCGCCUGAGCUGCCACGCUGUGGGAAAACAUCCAGUCCAGUACCAGUGGUUCAAGACCAAUGAAGAGGUGCCGAACGGCUUCUCCUCAGACUUGGUGAUGAGUCCGGUCCAUCUGAGGGACGCCGGCUUUUACAUCUGCAGGGUCAACUGCGGAGAUACUUUUGAGUUCAGCCAGUGGGCUCAGGUGGACGUCCUGAAUGUCACCGUGUCCUGCGGGCAGAGCUAUCAUUCCUUAGAGGGUCGGCUGAAGUUGGUGAUCCAGCCUCGGUCCCAGUGGCUGCACGUUGGGGAAACCCUGCAGGUGGAGUGUGGCGCCGUGGGACGGCCGAUCCCUCGAUACCAGUGGCACAGGAAUGGAGUCCCGGUACCCAACGCCACAAAGAGGAAACACAUGAUUCCUCACUCGACGCAGGAUCACCACGGCAGGUAUCGCUGUGAGAUCAGCAGCGGCACGGAGAGAAUGUGGACCAACGAAGUCGACGUUGUGAUCGCACCGAGGAUAUCUGUCCAGAUGUCAGAGGCAAUGGAGUGCUCUGAAGACGAUCUUUACGGCAUUGGAGGCGGAUGCAGUGAAUUUUUCCUGAAUAAUGUCCCUGAAGAACUUCAUGCAACUGACAAAGUGGCGCUGCUGAUCGGGAACAUGUCUUACCAAAACCACCCGCAGCUCAAAGCUCCCAUGGUGGACGUGUACGACCUCACCAACCUGCUGCGCCAGCUCAACUUCCAGGUGGUCUCACUGCUCGACCUCACCGAGUCGGAGAUGAGAAACGCUGUCGACGAGUUCCUGUUCCUGCUUCACAAGGGCGUCUACGGUCUGCUGUACUACGCGGGUCACGGAUACGAGAACUACGGCAACAGUUUCAUGGUGCCGGUAGACGCACCGAACCCGUAUCACUCGGCCAACUGUCUGUGUGUGCAGAGCAUCCUCAAGCUGAUGCAGGAGAAGGAGACCGGCCUCAAUGUGUUCCUGCUGGACAUGUGCAGGAAGAGGAAUAUUCAUGAUGACAGCACUCCAAACAUCGUCCUGAGGGUCACGGCAAACAUCGUCUUUGGAUACGCGACGUGCCAGGAUGCCGAGGCCUUCGAGCUGAGCUCCAGCGGCUUCACCAACGGUGUGUUUGUCAAGUUUUUGAAGAAGCGGCUCCUCGACGAUGAGAAGAUCACCGUGCUGCUGGACCGCGUCGCCGAGGACAUGGGUCAGUUCGACGCUACGAAGGGCAAGCAGGCUCUGGAGAUCCGCAGCAGUCUGUCGGAGAGGAGAGCGCUGACCGAUCCUAUCCUGCCCGGCAACAGCGUCGAUCUCGCUCACACUCGCAGCCUCCAGUGGUCCAAGGCUCACGAGCUCCCUGAGAGCAUGUGUCUCGACUUUGACUGCGGGGCUCAGAUCAAGUUGGGCUUCGCUGCAGAGUUCUCCAACGUGCUCGUCAUAUACACUCACAUCGUCAAGAAGCCAGAGGACAUGUCCUCCUGCCGGGCUCACGUCACCAACUUCUCACAGGACGUUGAUGUUGAUCCCAAAGAGAUGAACAGAGAGACUCCAGAGGAGACGGGGAUCUACCUGCUGUCCAGCAACCUGCCGCAGCACUGCCUGUACACCAGAGUCAGCUCACUGCAGAAGCUCAGGGAGGAGCUGGUCUUCACCGUGUGCCUUCAGGGCACCUUCACCGCCAUGGAGGACGAAUCGGUCCACUGGACCAAAAGCAUCAACAUUGGCAAGCCGCUCAUCGCCCGACUGGACCUGAACCGGGCCGUGCGGCGAAACAGCUGCCUGCAGACCUGCCUGAUGGCCCACAGCCCGUCGCACAGCCCCUGCCAGAGCCCCGGGCCGGAACACCACCUCCAACCCCUCCAUUACAGGCCGCACCAGACCCAGGACUACAACCGCCUGUCACCGCAGCACCACUCCCCGGACGUCUACGAGCACCAGGGAGCGGCGGGAGGCUGCGGGGAAACCUUCGGCGACAACGUCGGACAAUCUCGCCACGAACCUGCGUACGGCUCGGCUGGUGGGCUUUCAAGCUCACCGGGGGGGCUCAGCAUCCCUAUAGAGACCACCGAGGACAUCAACGAGCUGCAGGCUGUGUUCAUUAACAGUCUGCAGCUUCAGCAGCAGUGAACGCUUUCAAUGUUUAACGUUGUAUCUGGUAAACCGCUGCUCUUUCUGUCACAUGCUGUGACAUCAUACCAUUUUUCUUUUUUUAUAAUAUAUUCUUCCAGUUAUUAGCAUUAUUUGUCUCAACACGCUGUAUAUGGAUACUGACUUUUGUACUUGAUUUUUAAAGUGUUGUGUAAAUAAAUAUAUGUUAAGCAGACUGAAAAAGUGUUUUGUAGAGGUUGGUAAUGAUCAAGAUCAGAUUAGUCAGAUCUUUUUGUUGUUGGAUGCACCUCUUACAAAAUGUCAAAUGUGCAAAGAUUGAAGUUGCAUUGAGUUAUAUCAACAUUUUUUAAUUGAAUUAACCAGAGGAAAGAAAGUGAUCGCUCAAAACAAUCCGUCACCAUUAAAAACCUCAAACCUC